AUGUAUCAAUUACCAUUUGCUCAACCUUAUCCUGCAGUUCCUGAUGGAGGUUAUUGGGAUAAAGUCACCUCAACAAUUGAUUGGUGUGAAGAAAACUAUGUUGUAACUCCAUAUAUUGCAGAAGCAAUGAACACUUUAUCAAACUCGGUCUUUAUAAUAUUAGCAGGUUAUGCAAUGUAUUCAGCUUUUAAAAACCAUUUGGAAGUUAGAUUCAUAUUGAUAAGUUUUGGAUUUGCACUAGUUGGUGUUGGUAGUUGGUUAUUCCAUAUGACUUUGAAAUAUGAAUUCCAAUUAUUGGAUGAAUUGCCAAUGAUUUAUGCAACUUGUAUUCCAAUGUGGUCAGUUUUCAGUGAAGGUGUCACUACAAAGAAAUCAAUCACAAUUGGUACUAGUGUCUUAUUUGGUGCUAAUCUAUUAACUGCAGUGUAUCUUUAUUUCAAAGAUCCAACUAUUCAUCAAGUUGCUUAUGCAUUAUUAAAUGUCUUCAUUGUGGGUAGAUCUCAUUAUUUAACAUUGAAAUUUGUUAAGGAUCCAGUUGACCGUGCCAAAUUGUUCAGAACCAUGAUCAGAGGUGUUGUAACCUUUUUAACAGGUUAUGCACUUUGGAAUAUGGAUGUUCAUUUUUGUAAUAGUUGGAUCAAAUUAAGAAGAAAUAUUGGUAUGCCAUAUGGAUUCUUUUUCGAAUUACACAGUUGGUGGCAUGUUCUCACAGGUACUGGUGUUUAUUUCUACGUUGUCUAUCUGGAAUAUCUCAGAGUUCUCUUGUUGAAACAGGAGGAUCACUAUGUUUUAGUUGAGCAUUUGGGGUUUUUACCAGAAGUUCAAAGAUUGGAAAAACCAAUUAGCAAGAAGCAAUGA